AAUGGAGGGGGACUCCCAAUAAGGAACACAAGCAAAAUUCCCCCUAAGGAAACACUAGAAUUGAGGAAUUCUAUACUCAAGUUGUUGCAGCUGUGUGAUAACAUCGUGGACGCUGACCAAAAUCAGAAAUUUCAGACAGAUCCAUGCGUGGAUUUUUUCGAGUUCACUUGUGGAAAAUGGAUAAGUGCGCAUCCGAUUCCGGAAUACAAAACCAGCAUUACACAAUUGGAAGUGCUUUCUGAUAAGGUUGAGGAACAAAUGAGAGAGAGCAGUGAAAUUCUCGUCUCCGCUAGCAUUCGUAAAACAAAAGCACCAGUGCCUAGCCUAGGUGCGUUCGAAUCGCCGGAAAUUUCCUCUUCAAACGCAGUGAACGCUCUGAAGUCUAUGUACCGCAAAUGUAUGGACAAAAAAGAGCUGACGAGCAUUGGCUCUACUCAGCUACUGCAAGCCAUAAGGAAUUACGGCGUGUGGCCAAUGGUGGAUGGUGACGACAAGUGGCGUGCCAGAGAAUUUGAUCUUACUUCGCUACUGAUUUACGUUAGUGAAACGAGAGAUAUUAACGUCUUCAUCGCCAACUACGUCGCGCUCGACGACAAAAACGCUUCAAGAAGGCUUAUUAAGUUUGACCAAGCAGAUCUCGGUCUGGGAGCAAAUACACGCGAUUACUAUUUGGACCGAGCGAAACACGAGAAGAAGAUUGCUGCUUAUAAACACCUUCUUAUAAGAAGAGUAAAACUUAUUUACGAAUAUGCCAAUCUCCCGAGCAAUGACGAGAAGAUCACAAGCGAUGUGGAUGAGCUCAUCGAACUUGAGACGAAGAUCGCUAGAAUCAUGGUGGCCGAGGAGGAUCGCAGAGACCACUUCGAAAGAUACAAUCUUCGACGUCUCAGCGAUAUGGAGAAGCUGACGCCAAUGAUUGACUGGUCUAGAUACUUCCUCUCCAUAGCACCUCUUCCUCUCCACGAAUAUUUCGCGGCUGAUCCAGAAAUUUUAAUUUUGACCGAUCCUCGGACCACUACUAAUUAUAUUUUUAUUCGCUUUCUUUCCGCUUGGGAUGGAGAAUUAGGAGAGCGAUUUGAAGAUGUCUUCCAGGAGUUUGAACUCUUGAUGUAUGGAAGAAAACAAAAGUCACCUAGAUGGAAAAGGUGUACCCACGAUACGGUAGAAAGGAUGCAACAUGCUGCAGGAGCCAUCUAUGUAAGCAAAUUCUUCAACAAGGCAUCCAAGAACGUAACACUAGACAUGGUAGACGACUUACGAGCAGCGUUCAAAGAAAUGCUUAUCGAGGUCAACUGGAUGGAUGAAACUACAAGAAAGACUGCAUUCGGGAAAAUCCAGGAGAUGCUGAGCCUGAUUGCUUAUCCGCCAUUCAUUCUUGAUAGCAAGGAACUGGACAACCAUUACAAUAACUUCUCUGUGAAGGAUUCCGACUCGUACAGCCAAAUGGUAGAGAAGACAUCACGCUUUGACAUCGAAUUCGAUUUCAAACGUCUUAUCGAGCCCGUCGAUCGAAGCGAGUAUGACUUCAACGCUGUUGUCGUCGAUGCUUACUACUCGCCCCACUCCAAUACUUUCCAGCCUCUAUUUUGCAAUCGCCGCUCUUUCAUCAUGCCUUUCCAAAAGCGCUCAACUACGGAGGAAUUGGAGCCAUUAUUGGACAUGAAAUUACUCACGGAUUUGAUGAUGAAGGCAAUGACUUUUGUACCAGGGACUGAUCUCAACUUGAACGGCAAGCUCACUCAAGGAGAGAAUAUCGCUGACAAUGGAGGAGUGAAACAAGCGUUCAGGGCAUAUAAAAGGUUCUUGAAGAAACAUGGAGAAGAAAAGCGUAUUGAGGGACUGGAACAAUACAGUAACGAACAGAUUUUCUUCAUGGGAUUCGCCAUGGUCCAUUGUGGUCAUACGACACAGGAUGAGCUUAUAGAUACCAUUCUCACCGAUAAUCACUCUCCAGAACGCUAUCGGAUUAAUCAGGUGCUCGCUAAUCAGCCUGAAUUCGCUACUGCCUUCAACUGUGCCGUUGGUACGCCAAUGAAUCCUACGCACCGUUGUGCUGUCUGGUAG